AUGGCAGACGUAGCCAUGCAAUCCGCCGUUUCUACAGCUCCCAAUGGCAUCAACGCUCAUCCCAACGGCCACGAACACACGAACGGCACCGAGGAGCCAAAGUUCGCAACAGGGAUGAUCUACCCUUCUCCAGAAAUUAGGACUAUAAUCGACAGGACAGCACUGCACGUCGCGCGCUCCCAGAACCCGCAGCAAUUCGAAGACCGAGUGCGCGAGUCCCAGCGUACCGAUCCCAAAUUCGCUUUCCUCGCGCCGACAGACGCAUUCCACGCAUACUAUCGGCACCGUGUAGAGCGUAUCCGUGCAGGGGAGGACGUGAACGCCGAUACUGGUGCCGCUGUCAAGACGCUCCCUUCGGAAAAUGCGCUCGAACCGGAGCUGGUGAAGAAACCUAGUGGAAGGCCGAGGGCUGCACCGCCCGAACCGCCCGAGAUGGAGUUCGUCGCUCCUACACCUAAAGUUCCGCCUCUCGAGCUGGACACCGUCAAGCUCACAGCUCUGUUUUUCGCUGUACGAGGAGCUACGUUCCUGCAAGCGCUGAGCGUGAGGGAAGGCCAGAACCCGCAAUUCGAGUUCCUCCGCCCUAAUCAUCCCCUCUUCAAUUACUUCUCGCGACUUGUGAGCCAGUAUAAGGCUGUGUUGCUCCCUACUCGCGAGGGGAGGGAGACGCUCCGCCUUGAAGCCGGGUCCGAAGGUAGGACGCGCCUUUUGGAGAAAGCGAAGGCGCGCGCAGACUGGGAGCGCUGGAAGCGGGAGAGGGAGAAGAAGCGCGCCGAAGACCAGGAGGCGGAGCGCAAGGCCUUUGCCGAGAUUGAUUGGCACGAUUAUGCUAUUGUGCAGACUAUCGAGUUUACUGUUGCGGAUGCGCAGGCGGAACUGCCCCCGCCCCAGAGCGUGCAGGAUGUGGAGAAUAUGACACUUGCACAGAAGAGGAUGACGAAGCUUAUCAACGAGAGUACUACGGAGGAGAUCAAGGCUGCGAACGAGAGGGAUGUGAGGGAGAAAGCGGAGGCUGAGGAGCUCAGAGUGCGGGAAGAGGAGAGACUCAGAGAGGAGGCGCAGGAAAUGCAAGUUGCGGGUGUGAAGAGGAAGGCGCUGGAGGCGGAGAACGAGCAGGAUGUGGAGGUUGCUAGGUUGGCGCAGGACGAGGCGGAGAGGUUGAGGAGGGAGGCGAUGGCCCAGGCACAAGCGCAGUUGCCGGGACAGAUGAAGAUCCGCGAGAACUAUGUUCCCAAGGGCAUCCAGCGCGGAGCGAAGAAGAUGACGAUGUGUACUAUAUGCGGCCAGCAAGUGCCUAUCGACGAGCUCGAGGAACACAUGCGUAUCGAGCUACUCGACCCCCGCUGGAAGUCCCAGCGGGACACGCUCGAAGCCCGGCGUACGCAAGCCAACGAGCUCCAAUUCGGCGCCAACGUCGCUUCCUCCCUCCGUACGCUCGCGCGCACGCGUGUCGACAUCUUCGGCGCAGAGGAAGACGAAGCCUUGCGCAAGAGCGAGGAGGAAGCCGAGAAAGCCCGCGCGAAGGAGAGGGAGAAGAUCGUCUGGGAUGGGCAUACAGCCAGCAAGGAGAGCACCGCGGGCAAGUUCCAGACAAACGUCAAUUUCGAAGAGCAGAUCGCGGCUAUCCAUCGUGCGAAAGGUCUGGGCGUCAUGGCCGAUUCUGGCGGCCCGUCCAUCGGUCCUGCCCUAGGACCGGGGAUCACCCCUUCCUCGUCUGCGGCUCUCGCACCCACCCUACCAGAAUACGCGAACGCAGUGAUCAGCGCUGCCCCGCAACCUGCCACCGCACCGGUAUACGGUGGUCCCGGAGCCUCAUCCCUCCAAACCUCCACCUUCUCCCCAGCAGCAGCAACAGCCGCAGGCUUCGUCCCCCCCGGGAUGCACCCCAGUCGUCUAGCAGCACUCAGCACUCCGUCCGGCCCGACGCCCGAGGGGAGUGAGACUCCCCCGGAGGGCCAGCCGCCAGCCAAGCGCCAACGAGUAGAACGCUACGAAGGGCACACAUACGCCGAAAACGACUGGAUCUCGCUCCAUCCCGAACCAAUCAGUCUGCAAGUCCAACUCCCGAAACUGGACCGGCUUCCUGAAUAUCACUUUGAUGGCCAGGUGGCGCUUAUCCCCGAUUUACCGCUGACGUUGUUAGUCAGCACCCUCCGGGAUCGGAUAUUGACCCAGGUGGACAGCGCGUGUCCUGUUGGGAGGAUAAGGCUCACUUAUGGAGGGAAGACGCUCACGAAUGCCCAGACGAUCGCGAGCUAUAACUUGGAGGAGGGGGAUGCGCUGUAUUUGACUGUGAGGGAUGUGAAGAAACGCUGAGCUGAGCUGUAUGUAGGCAGGCGUGUAUUUGUAGCGAAUGGAUGCGGUUUUGGC